GUUAUCACAGAGAAAGGAGCUUCAGUUGAGGAAAUGCCUCCAUGAGAUCCAACUGUAAGGCAUUUUCUCAAUUAGUGAUCAAGGGGGAAAGGCCCCUUGUGGGUGGGACCAUCUCAGGGCUGGUAGUCUUAGUUCUAUAAGAGAGCAGGCUGAGCAAGCCAGGUGAGGCAAGCCAAUGAAGAACAUCCCUCCAUGGCCUCUGCAUCAGCUCCUGCUUCCUGACCUGCUUGAGUUCCAGUCCUGACUUCCUUUGGUGAUGAACAGCAGUAUGGAAGUGUAAGCCGAAUAAACCCUUUCCUCCCCAACUUGCUUCUUGGUCAUGAUGUUUGUGCAGGAAUAGAAACCCUGACUAAGACAAAUUGGUACCAGGAGUGGGGUAUUCCUGUGACAACCUGACCAUGUUCUGGGGAGGACUGUGGAAGGACUUUGGAACUUUGGGCUUGAAGAUCCAUUCGUUGUUAAGAGCUCUGUCAGAUGUUGUGUAGGAGCUUGGAAGAUAAUGUUGAGAACAGUGCAGAAGAUGGAGGUUUGGUUUGUGAAAUUUCAGAGGGAAAAUUAAAGACUCUUUUCAGGGCCAUUGCUGUUUUGAUUGUGAAGAUUCUGUAGUUCUGGUUAGCUGGGGCUGAAGAAUCAGCUGUGAUUAACAAGAUACCAGAACUACUAAAGCAAAAACUUUGCAUUACUGGGACUAUUGAUGCUGGUUAGCUGGAGCUAAGAAAUUAGCGGUGAUUAAGAAGAGACCAGCAUCAUUGAGGUGACAUCUUCUGGGAGGUGUUUUCUGAGAGCACAGUGGCUGUGUUCCAGAUAUAGCCAAAGUUGUACCUUGUGCUGUGGCUGGACUUGGUAAUGUGUAAGAGUCACCCAGGUGGUACUGGUUUUGAAGGCAUGAAGGAGUUGAGCAGAACAGCUGAGGAUUGGCACUGUGAGAGGCCAUGGAAGGCCAUUGGUGAAAGUGCAGCCUCAGUUGCAAUUGAUGGCCCAGGACUGAAGGGGUCAUGCAGUGUUUUGGAGAUGCCAGUACCAUGAGAUGACCACCAAGAGCAGCAGCAGCAGUGGAGUACAGGCAUCUGGAGCCUAGAGGAUGACACAUGUGCUACAAAGGGCCUGGCUGGAGAAGUGACCCAAGCCCUUGGAGGAGCCCAGAAGAUCGUGAGUUGGAUCCCAGACAUUGGACGGAAGAAGUCCCAGACAGAGACUCUGUUAUAGGAGUUUACAAAAAAAUACCAACAUGUCAUCACCCACGCCAUUUAAGAUGAGAUUAGUUCAUUUGGACCUUAAAGGAGCGCCGCCAAAGGUUUCAUAUCUCUCUGAGGUUUUUCCCUUGUUCCAUGCACUUGGUGCAAAUGGCCUCCUCAUUGAGUACGAAGACAUGUUUCCCUAUGAGGGCCACCUGAGGCUGCUGAGGGCCAAGCAUGCAUACAGCCCGUCCGAGGUUACAGAGAUCCUGCGCCUGGCCAGACUCAGUGAGCUGGAAGUUAUCCCCUUGGUGCAGACAUUCGGACACAUGGAGUUUGUGCUAAAGCAUGCAGCAUUUGCACAUCUCCGUGAAGUGGCUCUCUUCCCCAACACCCUGAACCCUCACGAGGCUGAGUCCCUGGCCUUGGUACAAGCUAUGAUCGAUCAAAUUCUGGAGCUACACAGGGAUGUCCGGUGGCUCCACAUUGGCUGUGACGAGGUCUACUACUUGGGUGAGGGGGAAACCUCAAAACAGUGGCUACAGCAGGAACAGAACAGCCAUGCGAAAUUGUGCCUGAGCCACAUGCAGGCAGUAGCCAGCCAUGUGCUGACCCAGCACCCUGGCGUAACACCCUUGGUGUGGGAUGACAUGCUACGGGACAUCCCUCAGGAACAGCUAAAAGCAUCUGGGGUGCCUCAACUGGUGGAGCCUGUCCUCUGGGACUAUGGAGCUGACCUGGAUGUCCAUGGCAAAGUUUUCCUCAUAGGAAAGUACCAGGAGUGUGGCUUCCAGAGGCUGUGGGCUGCCAGUGCCUUCAAGGGGGCCACAGGAGCUAGUCAGGCUCUGCCCCCUGUUGAGCACCACAUCAGAAACCAUGAGCUGUGGCUGCAGGUGGCAGGCAGUGGACCAAAGGAUGCUCUACAAGGAAUCAUCCUGACGGGCUGGCAGAGGUACGACCACUUCUCUGUGCUGUGUGAGCUGCUUCCGGUGGGGAUCCCAUCCCUGGCUGCCUGCCUACAGUCACUUGUACAUGGUGCUCUAGACUACUCCGCCUCUGAGCCUGGACACUUGUACAUGGACUGUGUGGUGAGGCCAGGGGCUCCUGCAGAUUGUGCUGCUACAACCUUUCACAUGUUCACUGGAAAGCAGCCACCUGGCCUGGCUGGGGCUCCCCAAGAUGCUGUGCCUUUUGCCCAUAGCACUCAAAGGUCAGGGGUUCUCUCUGAGCACUUCUGCCUGUGGACGGUUUCAGGAGGCUUUGCUGAGGAUGUUAGGCUGAGAGCGGAACGCUUCCUUGGGGUUUCAAGCCUGGAGAUAGCGGAUACUGUAAGUGAGGGAGCUGGCUCCUUCCCUGGCAGUGACAUCCAUGCCCUCGUCACACAAAUUAGUCUCCACCUGCGCAGCUCUGUGGACACACUUCUGGAAAGGAACAGGUAUGUCACUGGCUGGUUCAGCCCCUACCAUCGUAGACGGAAGCUUGUUCACCCAGUUAUGAUCCAGCACAUACAGCCGGAGGCACUCAGCCUUCUAAGUAGGUGGAACAACCUCGUGCAGCAGUUGGAGGUGGCCCUGCAGCCGGUCUUCUACCCGGACACCAUAGAGGAGUGGCUGGAGGAGAAUGUGCUCCCGAGUCUGCAGCGACUGCAGGAUCUGCUGCAGGACCUGGGUGAGGCGGCUGCCCGACAGCCACCACCCACCAGCCCAGGCUGGGACACAGGGCAGAACCCCUGAGAGGCUGGGGCCCUGUAUAUCAGCCUGGACACCACCAAGAUUUCUGUUUCACUGGCCCAGCCAUGUGGAGCCUGUGCUCUUCCUGCUGAGCUCCGGACACCUGUGCAGACAGGCUCUCCAACUGUAUGAACAGUAACUUUGGGCAAAGCAGAAAACAGAAAGGCACAUUUGCAAGUUGCAUGUAGAGCUUUAUUACUUCUGAAAUAAAAAGACCAGUAGAAGUGGAAGUCCCACCA